CUUCCGUGAUCAAAAACCGAUAGUUCUCCUAUAGGAAAGAAAGAUCGUAUGAAGUGUGAUAUUCUCUUUAUUGUGUGUAUCCUGGUUGGUCUGGUCUUUGCCCAAGAUACUCUUGUUCCAACAUCACAAGCAGCUACAGAAGAUGUAUCCACUCCAACUUCCCCAAUUGAAUCUAGUGCGGUAGCCACACCUACAGCCACACCUACAGCCACCUCAAGCGCAACAGCAUCCACAUCCCUUUCUGGGUGUUUUUCUGAUAGCCCAUUCUCGACCACAGACUACUUUGCCGAUAGCAAACUCACAGACCCAUUGCAAAGCUCAUCAUUAUUCAAGGUUACCUAUGCGAAUACAUACAAGACUGUUCAGAACAUCAUCUUGGGAGAAUACUAUAUUUUGUAUUGCACCCAGACAAAACCCAACUUAACAGAUGUUCAAUCAAAGUCAUAUAUCCAAAUUCCUGUUACAAACUUUGCUGCAGUUGAUACGCGUGUGAUUGGAUUUUUGGAUCUUCUUGGACACAGCAAUAAUAUCGUUUAUAUAGGCGACACUGGUAAUCUUACCUCCCCAUGCGUUACUCCCACGCCAGCUUACUUUGACCAGGCUGGAAUCAUUGACCGUACACGAUAUGAUCUGGCCAUAUAUCCCACAACAUCAGUAAACGAUCCAAAGGGUGUUGGUCUUGGAAUGAACUAUGAGUCCUCUCCUCUGGCAACUGCAGAGUGGAUCAAAUACAUCGCUUUAUUUACAAACCAGGAAAAGGCAUCUGAAGUAAUCUUCAACAAGAUCAAAGCAAACUACGAGGUUUAUCGUAACAGCAUCAAUCAAGCUGAUAUACCAUGGCGACGCAAUAUAACCUUUAUGUCCUAUGAUCCUUCUUCAACCCAAUUCAAUGUCCCCAACAACAUCUAUUUCCAGAACCUCACAGCUGAUGCAGGCGCAAAGAUCACAGUUCCUUUGGUAGCACGCCCGGGAUCUCCCUUGACUAUGAAGGGCCAGAUGCAGAACUCUUCGGUCGUAAUUGAUCUCAGUCCUUCAUCUUCGUUUAAGAACAACUUUGAUGAUUGGCAAUCAUGGAUGGGUUAUUCAGAAAGUAGUGUAAAUGCAGCUGCAGACGCUGCGUUUCGGCGUUAUGAAACAAUCAAGCCCUAUGUAAACGAUCCAGAAGGUCCUCCAUUCGAGCGUAACAGUCAACUUUGGCGUCUUGACUUGGUUGCCAGCAGUGACUCAUCAGAUUGGUGGACAAGAGGAUUCGCUCGUCCUGAUUUAUUGAUCCAAGACUUAAUCGAAGCGCAGUUCCCUAAUUUCUUCAGCAACAGAGAUAGGGUAUUUUUGCGUCACUUUUCGGAUAAUGAGUCGAUUCAGACCAAGUCAGCCGACCAGUAUGGCUGUACUGUUGAUAAUUUGGCAACAACAUCCUUUGUAACUUACUCCAACGAUGUAUCGGAUGUACCUGUACUUUCGAUCAGCUCUACUUUCCCCAAGGCUGGCGUCAUUGGACUCGGUGUCGCUGGUGGGCUGGUGGCCUUGGCGUGUGUGGCCGGUGGAUUUUUGGCAUUGAAGCGUAAGAUCAAGGACAGACGUCUGAAGCAAUUCAACCCACUUGAAGAAGAUCACCCGGAUAACAAUCCUCACUUGGAUCGUCAACCGAUGAUGCUUGGAGCUUCUCACAAUGAGCCAAGUUCACCAAUAUUAGAUACCAAGGAUGAACAUGAUCAAGAGGACUACUCUAAGCGUCAUAUUGUAUAACUAGGGGGGGGGGGGGGGAGUACCAUUGUUGGCUUUGCAAUCAAUCAGUGUGACCAUGCAAGCUGACCCAUAAAAUACAAAAUAAAAAUAAAUAUUUGAUAAAAAUUGAAUUUC